AAUAAGCCAAAAAUAAUAAAUCAGGAAGAAUCAUCACCUCCGUUUGUUCUUACUUCCGAUCAACAGUGUGAAGUAAAACAAAACCCUAAAGAAGAAUCCCCAAGCUACAGUGAUCCACAAACAAUUCCAUUUGCUGAUCUCUGUGAUCCCUUGCUGCUUCAGAAUGUCGAUUCCCGUAGUCACGCAUGUCUCCGCCGUGAUACUCAAUUUCACGGCGCUCGGAACCUGCCCGAGCGGCGAGUUGUCGAAUAUCUGAAUCCCCCGGACGAAACAUUUCGUCGGAUCUUCGAAUUCGUUCUGCAGAACCCCUUCGUACGGGUACUUCACCAGGGAGAGGUAGUGGAACCAGAUCCAGUAGAGAGGGAUUCUCUCUCGGGAGAUGAAGAAUCCGGAGAAGAGGAGGAAGUAGGCGAGGAUCGCUACGACGACGGAGCUUCCGGCCCAAAACGAGGCCAGGAUCGUGAGGAAGAAGAAGAGGAAACCACUGGCUCCGCCGGCGAGACCAACGGCCCAGAAUGUGGUGGCUGCGAAGCUGGCGGCGAGGAAGAUGAGGGAAGGGAUCGAGAUUAUGGACUGGGAGAGGACGUAGGACGAUCUCCGAAAGUGGUGGACAUUGCGAAUGCGAAGAACCCUAGACGUUCUUGGGCUCCUUUUGGGGAACUGUCUAGCUUCGUGAACAUUGUGGCUAAGAUGAUUCCGGUGACCAUUACAGCUCCUACACGCAUCCCGAAAAGCUCCGGCUGCCUCCUGGAGUUCAGUAUAGAACGUUUUCCGAUCACAAUCAUUUCGAUCCAGAAAGGAUUUGCGAAAGUUUGGAAGGAGGAUGUUAGGUUUGAGGAGUUGUUUGUUGCUCCGGAGACGAGCUUCCCUCUAGAGAUACUAGCGCUUGAUGCCUGCUUUGCUCGCCAUUGCUUGUGGAACUCGACAAGCGUCUUGGUUCCCGCUGCCGAGUUCUCCAGCUCCCGGAUAAGGUCGAGCGCGAACUCUGUUUUGUGCUCGUUUUCAGGAAUCGGGCGUUCGAAUUCUAAAAAGAAC